UCUUCAAGCAGCUAAUUUCAGUUUUCUCACUAUUCCAAAUCCAACAUAUCUGAAUUUCAAUUCUUUAUGAGAAAAUUAUGUUUCUUCCAUCAAUCUAUCGCCUUUUCUUGGAAACUAAUCCAACCAAUAAGCCAAUUUCAUUACUCAAGAUACUACAUUUAUCUACCACUUCAUCAUCAUCAGCUGAAGAAUUCUUGAAUCUUUUAUUCAAGAAUAAAAAUGGGUAUGGUAUGGAGAAAACACUGAAUGUAGUAAGGGCUAAACUAGAUGCUCGGUGUGUUGAUGAAGUGUUAGAGAAAUGCGCGGUUGAUGAUCCCCAAAUAGGUCUCAGAUUCUUCAUUUGGGCUGGUCUUAAUUCUAGCUAUAGACAUAGUAGUUAUAUGUUUAGUAGAGCUUAUAAAUUGCUUGAAGUUGAUCGAAAACCACAAAUUAUUCAAGAUGUUAUUGAGGCUUAUAGGGUGCAAAAUUAUGUCCCAAGUGCUAAGAUGUUUAAGGUUAUAUUGAAUUUGUGUAGAGAAGGAAAAGAUGCAAACUUGGGCCUGUGGGUGUUGAGGAAAAUGAAGGAGGCUAAUUGUCGUCCAGACACGACAGUGUAUAAUGUAGUUAUUCGAUUAUUAUGUGAGAAGGGAGAUAUGGAUGAGGCAAUGGGGUUGAUGAGAGAGAUGGAGUUGAUUGAUCUUCAUCCUGAUAUGAUCACUUAUGUCGUGAUAAUUAAGGGGUUGUGUGAGGUGGGUAGGUUGGAAGAAGCUUGUGGAUUAACCAAAGCUAUGAGGGGACAUGAAUGUGUGCCAAAUACGGUUACCUAUUCAGCUCUUCUUGACGGGAUUUGUAGGUUCGGGAAUUUGGAAAGGGCACUUGAGUUAUUGAGAGAAAUGGAAAAAGACGGUGGGCAGUGUAAGCCUAAUGUUGUUACUUAUACUACUGUGGUUCAAAAUUUUGUUGAGAAAGGUCAGUCAAUAGAGGCAUUAAGUAUUUUGGACCAAAUGAGGGAUUUUGGGUGUAAACCAAAUAGGGUACUUGUCUGUACUUUGAUUCAAGGUCUUUGCAAAGAUGGACAUGUGGAGGAAGCUCAUAAAGUUAUCAACAGAGUAGCUGAAAGUGGUAUUCCACUUGAUUCUUGCUACAGUUUUCUAGUUUUAUCGCUGUUUCGGAUUGGAAAACUCAAGGAGGCUGAAAUGUUUUUUAGGAGAAUGUUGACUGGUGGCCUAAAGCCUGACGGCUUGACCUCAAGCACAAUAAUACGAUGGCUUUGUAAGGAAAGUCGGAUACUUGAUGGAUAUCACUUGAUUGAUGCGAUUGAGCAGUCUGCAAGUGUAUCUUCUAUAGAUUCUGAUAUUUAUUCUAUUCUUAUGUCUGGACUAUGCGAGGCAAAUCAUCUUGUAGAAGCUGCUAAGCUUGCUAGUGGGAUGGUAGGGAAAGGAAUUCAGCUUAAAGGCCCUUAUGUUAAGAAUGUAAUUGAAUGUCUUAGACGUUGUGGGAAAGAGGAUUUAGCUUCAAACAUUGGUAAUAUUAAGAGCUGAUGAAUGACCAAGAUUGCAUUAAUACCUUGAUCGUACUUGUGCUUUAGUGUUGUCAACAAACAGUAACCUCGCCAUUGUGAUUGACCCUCAGUUGUAUUCUAUAUUCCACCUAAUUGAAUUCUCUCCAGUUUUGUUCAAUAAAUAAAACACAUUAAGACUUCUAGUCAGGUUGGAAUGAUUGGAUCCCAGCAGGAGAAUCACUGAGGAAUGCCCUUGAGCCUGAGUACUUAAAUGAUAUUGGGUAUCUUCCGUGAUUCUCUGCAUCUUCAUCUGGAAUUCUGUUGUAAAUUUGAUAUGUUAUCUACAAGGUUUUGUUCCACCACCCAGUUUUAUUUUUUCUUCCAAUGUGAUUCAAUUUAUAUUAGAGUGGUCUCAGCACAGCCUUCAUCUAUUUUUCUUGUUCCAGCAUCUGUCAAUUGUCACCACAAUUCAUGUCCACGUGUUGAAGCAUACUUUUCAGUUUAACCUUUUGGUUCUAGUUCGCGUUGGGUUUAGUAUCCUUGCACAGAUAGAGAUUUGUUUUUCCAUGAUCCGAGAUAUAAUGUGAGACGAGUGUCUCGUGUUCAAUUCUUCAAUGCAGCAUUUUCCAUUUCAAGAAAAAAAAAAAAAAAGAUGUAAUGUGAUGACGAUUGAGUUUUCUAGCUUACUUGUGGUGGCAUCUUGGUUAUCAUUAAUUUUAGGCUGAACUACGAGUUCUAUUCAAUUGGUUGCGCAUUAAGCAAGGAUGGAGUACAGUUUCAAAAAAAUAAGCAAGGAUGGAGUACAAUGGCAAUAGAGUCCCACAUGGUUUGCAAACUGGCUUUAUGGGAGCAAUUCAUAUAAAGCAGCAGCUCUAUUCUGCACUUUGAUCGAAGUCCACAGUCAGAAUCCCAAAAUCGACGACUCUCCUGUUGUGCAUCUACAGUUAAGCAGUCCAGUUCAAAUUCAUGAUGUUAGAUUAUGUUCAAGUCCAUGAUCAUAAAUUCCCUUUUUUUCGCUUUCUGUAUUCUUUUCUGUUUUGAGGAUCACCUGUUUUGAAAAUAAUAUCUGUUCCAAAUCUUAUUGAAAGAAACAUGGUUCUAAAUAUAAUAAGAGGAGUGACCACUUUGUUUUCUUUUUGCA